UAUUGCAGAUCCGACGUGAAUCGGUCAUAAUUAUUUACGGUAUUUGAGUCGCCAAAUUUAAUUUAUUUUCAAUGUUUAUUCCGAUCAUUCGUCAACGUCUCCUAUUGUCAGCCUGUAAGACUCAGUCCAGGAACAUAUUUGGAUAUUUUCGAGUUGCAUUCAAUGCUCUAGACACUGACAGAUUAAAGACCGUUGGUCCUGAUCGUCUGUGCGCCGAAUGGAUCCUGAAGAACGGAGGUUUCAUUAAAUUUGAAAACCAAAAAUGGAUAACCGAUUACAACGCUCUGCCGGCUGUAAAUUUUCGUUAUCAAAUCGAAGAAGUUGACACACACAACAAGACAACGAUUAUGGCAAUGGGAUUUGAUCAUUUCAAAGAUUGUUCGGCAAUUCGUAAAAUAUCAUUGAAAUCGUGCAGAUAUUUGGAAAAUGAGGCUAUCGAGAAAUUGGGCUAUUUGAAAGAUUCACUCAGCGAAUUGGAAAUUAACGGAUGCUAUAAUGUCAUCGACGAGGGAUUGCUAUCGUUGAAACAGCUAAAAAAUCUAAAGAAAUUGAACAUCGAAAAUUUACCGUAUGUGAAGGAUAUGAAAGCAGUGCAGCAGGAGCUGCAGACUGCAUUGGCAGGGUGUGAAAUCCAAAUUAUAUCCAAGAAAUGAGCUGAACUUCCCUUUGUGUAAUUUAUUGUUAUGGGUUCCAAUAAACUAGUUGUAUUUGUUGAUCAGUA